AUGGUGGUUCAUCCAGAGGGGGAAAAGGCUCACGAGGAUAGAGGGAAGAAAGAGAGGAAGAGAGCGAAAAGAGAAGAGGGGACUAAGGGAAAAUUAUAUACGGAGCGCCUGAGCAUUGAAAAGUCUUCAUCCGUCGGCAGUAGCAUUGACGUCCACCCGGGGUACGCCCAUGGGCCAGAGGAAUGGCAGGGGCACAAUGGAUGGGGACCCCAUCUGGAUGAGUCGGAAGUGAAUGAAUCGUCGCGGAUGAUUGGACGGGGGAGCGUCGACCAGAACGAGGGGUGGUGUUCUUGGAAAAUUCUAGUGGGGAGUGGAGAAGGGAGGAGGCGAGGAGGAAGAGGAGGACAGGUGAUUUCCACGAAGCAUGAGACUAUUCAUCGGGCUGUACCUGGAUGGUCGGAAGUACGGAGUAAUCUGGAGAUCUGA